GAAGAAAUACAUAAAGAAGCAUUAUGCAUCUGAAAAAUCCACUCAACUUUUAAGAUUUCAAACAUGGCUGCAACUUCCUCUUACAUGGCCUGCACUAAAUUCUCCAUGUUGGGUUGGAGUGGAGGGAAAAGAGACUUGAGAAUGAAAAGGGUGCUUUCGGUUUCGGCUCAGCAGCAAGCUGAAGUUGGUGAAACACAAGAAGCUAAAGUGCAGGAAGAGCAAGAAAAGGUUAAGCAACAACAACCUACACAACCAAGGCCAGUGGAAAAACAACUGAAUGUAAAGAGCAAAAACAUGGGCAAAGAAUAUGGAGGACAGUGGCUUAGCAGUGUUACGAGGCACGUCAGGAUCUAUGCUGCCUACAUUGAUCCUGAAACCUCUGAGUUCGAUCAAACUCAGAUGGAUAAACUCACCCUUAUACUUGACCCUACUGAUGAGUUUGUUUGGACUCCUGAAACUUGCAAUAAAGUUUAUUCGUACUUCCAAGAGCUUGUGGAUCAUUAUGAGGGAGCGCCAUUGACAGAGUACACGCUUCGAUUGAUAGGUUCAGACAUAGAGCACUAUAUCAGGAAGCUACUAUAUGAUGGAGAAAUUAAAUACAACAUGGACGCCAAGGUACUGAACUUCAGCAUGGGAAAGCCGCGCAUUCUAUUCAAUAACAGCAAUGAUGGGCAGUUUCAAGAUGGAUAAAUGAUAACGAUUCUCAAAAAAAGGGCAUAGACAGACGAGGGCCAUAUGUUAAGUUUCAUAAUGUUGUAUCAAGUGCAGAAUCUAUGGUCAUCGGAACUUACCUAUUUGGCGGAGAAACCUGAUGUUUACAUUCACUAAUAGUCAAAAAUAUUCACAGGUGAGGCCUUAUGCAUGUGUGCCCAUUGCUACACUAGAUUUGCCUUAUAAUACUGGAAUAUAUUGAUGUUAAUUUAAAUAAAA